UUUGGCUCCUCCCCUCAGUAAACCCAUAUGACGAUGAAGAUGCGUACCACUGGGAGACGAAACCAAACGUAUCGAAGCUUAAUACUGUAUAAGAUACCUUUUUGAUUUGGGCGAAAUAUAAAUAUUUUUUAAGUUGGAUAAUUGUUUAUUACGCUACGUCUGCGCGUUGGUGCGUGACUCAGGCGGUUGGGGGUAUUCGUGGCGGGAUGAGCGGCGCCGAACCACUGGGAAAGGAACACCCGAGACGGGAGUAAUCCGCGGAGGGACAUGAAGAGCGUCAUGGCUGGGAUAAAAAGUACUCUAUUCGUCUGUCUGCACUAUGUUCUCCAGUAUGCAGUGUCCCGCGAGGUGACCGUUCCAACGGGACCUUUGUACCGCGUGGCCGGAUUCUCCCUCUCCGUGCCCUGCGCCGUCUCCGGCUACGAUGGCCCGCGCAUGCAGGACUUCGAGUGGUACCUGUACAGGGACGACUCGGGUGACAGGCAAAUUGGAGUUGUAUCCACCAAAGACAAAGGCUUCCCAUACGCCCCCUACCAAGCGCGGGUGAGGAAUGGCGAGGUGAGGGUGGACCGCGACUCUGGCGACCACGUACGGCUGGUAGUCCAGAGGCUGCGCACGGACGAUCAGGGCAAAUAUGAGUGCUACACACCAAGCACAGACGAUGCCUACCUGGGAUCCUACAGCAGCUCUGUGGUCGUUAAAGUGAUCCCUGACACACUCCAGAUCAGCUACAGCCGCUCCCUGACCGGGCAACCCCUCCCAGAAGGUGCCGAAUUAACUCUGACGUGCUCGGCCAGCAUCCGUUCGGAGCAACUCACCCACUUGUCCAUCACCUUCGGGAAGCGCAGCAGCCAAGCGGACUCGGGCGGCACGGUGGGGCCGGAGCUCAGCACCGUUCGGGUUAUCAUCUCUAUUGACAAGUUGCUGGGUGUCGUGCCGGGACUCGCCUACAAGAAGCGCUACGAUGAUGGCGACAUUACGCUGGAGAAGCGAAACGGAGAGGGCGGUCAGGACCUGUACAUCAUGAAGAUAAAGGUGUUGCAGCCCAAUGACACGGGAGCCUAUUUCUGUGAGGCCGCGCAGUGGAUUCGGGACCCGGACCGGUCUUGGCAGAAGAUUGCCUACAGGACGCUGGACAUUGGCAACCUGACUGUUAAGCAACUCUCCGAGUCUCUGAGUGUGACGUCAUCACCCCAAGGGGAGGUGACCCUGCAGGUGGGCUCGCCUCUCCUUCUGACCUGCGAGGUCAAUGGGCUGCCUUCCGAUGACAACUCGGGCCUGCAGAUUCAGUGGAUGAAGAGGGGCUUUGCGGGUGGCGAGUUCAUUGGGUCUGGAGGCACGGAGGUGGAGGUGGCCAGAAUGAGCCCAGACGGCAUUGUGAGCUGGGGCGACGACGUCAGCCGAGCUAGUGGUGGCUCUAUGGAGAAAGUGGCGGAUGCAAAGUACUCCCUGAAGUUGUUCUCUGCCCGGCCCUCCGACACCGGCGUUUAUCGCUGCGUGGUCAGCGUGUACGCCGGUCGCAGGAUCCCCUCUCCUUCUAUGCCGGCGACACUCACGCAGAGGUCCGAGGGUGUCACAGUCAAUCUCAAAACGAAAGAUGUUGUAGUUUCAGCGGAGGCUCAGCUCGCCCAAGGCCCCCUGCUGAAAAGGGGCAGCACCAUCACCCUCCUCUGCACCGCCACCAUCACCACCACAGGGCCAGCCCAGGCUCAGGUGCAAUGGUUGCGAUGGCCUCUCCCUGAGCCACAGAUCAGAUCCCAGAGAAACACCAUGCCGGAGCCGCCGGCUCUCCCGGUCGAACCCAAACCGGUCGCCACUCUCACGUACGACGGCAUCGUGGAGAUCUACGGCAAUGGCAGCGAGGUCAGUGUGGACCGGCUGUCCGCCGUCAGCUACCGUCUCCGGGUCCACGCGGCCACCAUUGAAGAUCAAGGCCUGUACGCGUGCCGUGCUGAGGCCUGGGGCCAGGAUCCACACGGAGGCUGGUACAACUCUGGGAUCAAGGCUGAGUCCAACGCAGUCACCGUCUACUUGUAUGCCCGAGUUGCUGACCUCCUCCUCAUCCCGCUGGUGGUCGGCGUGUCGUCGGCCCUGCUGGUGGGCAUCGUCAUCAUCGCGGCGGUGACCUGCUGCUUCAUGAAGCGUCUGGCCAAACAGCGAGGUCGGAGGUAGCCGCCGUACUCGCCAUAGCCAGCGGGACACCAUUUGGAGCGGAUGACCUUCGAGAUGCCAAACCUUUUCUAUUUGUUGUUUUAAUUUUCUUUUUUUUUUUUUAUAAAUGUGUUACAAGACCACCAGCGCGCUCUCUGUUCAAAGUGAUCUCCAUUCUCCAUUGAUUGGUGUUUGUGCUUCGCUGACGAGAUGUUGAUUUUCCUCACGAACUCAAAUAGUUGCACUUCUUCUAGAUGUUCUUUCCCUUGCAAGCCACAUGAGCAGCUGCAGACUUAACGUAGAUAAAAAUGGAAGCGCGACAUGAACUGCACUGAGCUAAAGUGUGUUUGAUUUUGUUUGCAAAGAAGCUAAUUUUUCCAAAUUCUUUCUCAAGGACUCAGACAACAAGAAAGAAAGAAAGACAUGGGACCAAAACCACUUGUUGUAUUUGCUCAAGUAGUGGCUGUUUAUUUGCAGCUGGUGCUCGGUGUUUGACAGGAGGCCGACAGUAUCUUUGUGCAAACAAUGCUGGAGUUUGAACAUAGCAGUAAUGUGUGUUUCUGCCUCUGUUUUAAGUUUGCACUUGCUGCACAGCUCCAAGUGACGGGCAUUUUUUUUAACCCAGUUCUUAUGGAUAGAUUUGGCCCAAAAAAAGUUUCUCUUUUGGCAACGUUCUUCCAGAAAGCAAGGCACAUUUUUCAAGGAAAAUUUGAAUAAUGUUGGACUAUAAGCAUUAAGUUAAAAAAUACUACUGUUACUUGUUAUAAUAUUCCAAUUUUCUUCUUGGAAAAAGAAAAAAAUGAACUCAACACUGCCAAGCCUCCCAGUUCAAAUGCAUAUUUGGCACUAGAGGCAGUCACUGAGUUCAUCGUAGGUCUAUAUCCCAGCCAUCCAUCCAGUGUUUAUAUUUUAUGACUUUUUUUCUUCGAAAAUGACUGAUCUCAUAUUAGUUUUCCUCUAAACAUACAAUAUUAUUCCCGUCCUCAAAAUAGUGCUUAAUUGUACCAUGAUUUUGUUCUCAGAACACUUAACACUUUUUCCCUCUGAAAAAUAAGCAUACUUUGUGCAGUACAUCUGGAGUAAAUACUUUUCAUAACACACAUUAUUUUCUCAAAGUAGGUCACUUACAUAAGGCCAGUAUUUGAGGAAAUACACGUUUCUUUGUGUUCACUUGAAAUUGUCCUUAUUUUUGUGUGUGUGUGCACAUUUUGUUUUUGUUUUUCUGGGUGGCUACAAGUGACGCAGACGGACAAACAUUGUUGGAAUGGACAAUUCCCUUUGUGUGUGUGCAUGCAUGCGCGCGUGUGUGUGCGCAUUGCCAUACAAAAAUAGUCAAGGAGAGGCUGUUGUCGUCUUGCACUGAAAAUUUGUGUCGAAAGCCUCUGUCGACACUUGAAAACAUGAAGGGUGAAAGUGAGACUCCAUCGGAGUGGGGGGUGGGGGGGGAUUGUUCCUUUCUGCUUGGGCUGUAUAAUUUUUGGCAUCUUCUCCUAAAGCCCGCUUUUAAAUGUUGCUCACGAACAUUGGGGAA